AUGUUGCCAGAGGAUCCAGCUUUCAAUUUCGUCAGUUAUGCAAGGUCCGCGAACCUCUUGGAGCCCUGUCCCCCACUGGUUCAAUUAUCAAACGACACCUCCACAUCCUGGGCUCAAGAUGACAACUCCUCAUUGGGCUCUUGGGAUUCCUUUGAAACGGUAGUCCCUGGGAGGACCUCUAUUCUCAAAAGUGCAUUUAUAGCUAAAUACUUCGCUCGUGAAGGCGAAAAAGCACAUACGCCACCACCUCCACCACCACCAAGAAGGUUUUCCUAUCUGGGAAAAGCGUUGGACCAUCCGGAAAAUUAUGCUAAGAUAGACCAAUACGGGCCCCUAGGUCUCAACACCCUCUUCGAUCCAUCUAAACCUGCUAUAGCAGACUUGGUAUUCGUUCAUGGUCUUGGAGGAGGUUCAAAGAAAACGUGGAUGAAGGAGAACAACCCCUCGUCAUUUUGGCCCCAAGAAUGGCUUCCAAAAGAUGAUAGCUUCCAGAACGUCCGAAUCCAUAGUUUUGGCUACAACUCAAACUGGAGGAACAAGGAGAAUGUUCUCACGAUACAAGACUUUGCAAAAGCACUGCUGGCCGAUAUCCAAAAUUGCCCUCGGAUUCCAAGAGGAUCUCACGUAAGUCACAGUUUUCAAUCUAUAUUAACCAUCAACGACGAGUUCUCCAGAUAUUGCCAGCAUCUCAAGAUCUAUUCUUGCUACGAAACACUCCCGGCAUCAUUAGGUCUCACAAGGACCAUUGUAGUUGAGAAAGACCAGGCUGUACUGGGCUGUGCUAAUGAAAGGUCUACAUUCUUAAACACUGACCAUCGCAGAAUGUGCGAGUUCGAAGCGAUUUCCGACCCGAAUUAUCAAACCGUCCGUGAUGUUUUAGCAUCCGCCGUUGCUGAUUUAUACAAUCACGAUGCUCGCUGGCGGCAAGAGCUGAAAGAAUGCCAACAGAGUCGUCUUGAUGAAGUCCUUGGUGUAACAACAGCCGUCGAACAUGAUUUUAUAGAGAUCGAUCGCCUACGCACGCCAGGUACCUGCCAGUGGCUGAUAGAAAAGCAAAGCUUUCGGGAGUGGCAAGACUGCCCUAAGGGCACGCAAAUUUACUGGAUGAAUGCAAGACCAGCUACUGGCAAGACUGUCCUCAGCGGAAAAGUAAUCGCUCAUCUCAAAAGCGUUGGGUUAGAUUGCAGCUAUCACUUUUUCAAGAACGGCAACAAGUCCAACAGGUCAGCCAUCAGGUCAUUCCUUCUUUCAAUGGCCUGGCAAAUGAGUCGAGCGAGUCCUGAGGUCCUAUCCAAAGUUCUCGGAAUCUGCGAAAAAUAUGAUCAACUAAGCAAGGCGGAUUAUCAAAUCCUUUGGCGUAAAUUAUUUCUGGGCGGUAUCUUGUGGACCCGGUCUCAAGCCCCACGCUAUUGGGUUAUUGAUGCCUUGGAUGAAUGCAUGUCAGGGAAUGAGCUGCUUCGUGUGCUUUUGAAAAUUCCAGAGGGAGCAAAUCUACGCAUCUUUGUUACGUCUAGAAAAAAGAUCGAACUGAAAGGGAUACCUUUCUCACCGAGUUUGAACAUCAAGUCAGAAGAAAUCUUAGUGGAGGAUACAAGGUCUGACAUAAAACUCUACCUUGAUGCAAAUUUUGAUCAACUUCCUGUAUCAGAUCAGCAAACUCGGCAAGACUUGGUGGCUCUGAUACUGGAGAAAUCCGACGGUUGCUUUCUGUGGGUUAGCUUGGUUCUGCGGGAACUGCGUAUGGUUCAUACCAUCUCCGAUGUUCAAGAGGUCCUUGCAGCCGUUCCUACAGACAUGGGUGUCCUAUAUUCUCGCAUAUUGGACACAUUAUCUGAAACUCGACGUGGUGAGGAGCUCGUCAAAUCUGUCUUAAGGUGGACUGUGUGCUCUGCCCGGCCCCUCAAAACAGAUGAACUUUCCCACGCUCUUCAAUUCGACCUCAACGACAACAUUAAUGCCGUCGAGAGUGUGAUAUCUAUGUGCGGGCAGCUAGUCUUUAUUGACUCGCAGUCUCGAGUGCGAAUAGUUCACCAAACUGCACGGCAGUUUCUCCUUCGCCCGGAUAUUGAUUCAGUGUUUGCGAUUAACAAGGAGUUCGCCCAUACUAGGAUCCUCCUAGCUUGCAUGAAAUAUCUGACCAGCGAUGAGAUAAGAGGGCCAUCUGCGCGCAAGAGAUCUGGUUCCAAAAGCCUCCUGGAGCUCUGUUCAUUUGCAGAGUAUGCCUGUACAAUGUUCUUCCAGCACUUGAGCUUCGCAUCUUCGGCGGAUGAUCAAAUCGCGUUAAUACUGGCACGGUUCUUGUCCUCUACCAACGUCCUAAUGUGGAUAACAUAUGUCGCUGCUCAACAGUCCAACCUUAAUUUACUGAUUGAAACUGCAAAGGCCUUGAAACAAUACUUCCAAAGGAGAAGCAAGCAUCAGAGCUCAUUUGGCAAAGAAUUCGUGAUAAUUGAUGCUUGGUCAACAGAUCUAGUGUGUCUCGUCUCUCAUUUUGGGACAUGCUUAUUAGCUUCGCCAUCCUCGAUCUUUACGCUCAUUCCACCCCUCUGUCCAGCGGAUUCAGCCUUGAGAAAGCAGUUUGGGUCGACUGGACGCGGGAUUUCCAUACUUGGACUAUCAGCAAGAGCCUGGGGUGAUUGUCUCUCUACUGUUAUCGAGCCCCAUGAUCAAUACGCCGCCCUUGCGGUUUCCAAAACGCAAUUCGCUAUCGGUAUGGCAAGUGGGAAGAUAACAAUCUAUGACCAGACCACUUGCCAACAACUAAGGACUUUAAAACAUCAAGAGGCUGUGGGGGUAUUGAAAUUUGACAAUGCGGCUGGUACACUUGUGUCUGCAGGCACCAGUUUUGUCCAUGUGUGGGACGUGACCUCAGGAAAGAAGCUUUGGGGUUUCAACAUCUCCGACCAAUGCUUGCCGCUAGAGUUCGCAGACCAAGAUCGACUACUGCUAGGUGCCUUGGGCAAUAAUUGUGUCACGAUCUGGGACAUGACCACGGGAAUUGUAAGAGAGAUCGCAGGCUGGACAGAAGAUCUUAUCACACUCGCUUACGCAUCCCUACGACCAAUUUCCGCCAAAUUCUGCCCAGACGCUACUUUGCUCGCUGUGCUGUAUACGGGAGAAGAUAUCGUUCUCUGGGAUUUGGAGCUCGACGGAGAAUAUACCAUUUUCAGUCGAGGCGCUGGAGCCGAGGUCAUCUGCGUUGCCUUUAGCAACGCUAACAACAAGUAUUUCGUUGCCUCUUACAGGGAUGGCGAUCUGGUGUUGUUUGAUAGGUCAGAGUUCCAAAUUGUCAGGAGAAUACUUGCCAAUGCACAAGUCAUGACUUGCUCCCCGGACGGGCGGACUUUAGCUUGCGGUGAUCUCCAUGGAAAUAUAUCAAUAUUCGACUUUGAAGGACUCGAGCUCUUGUAUAGAAUACGCACAGACGGAUGCAUACAACGGCUGGAGUUUAGCGGUGAUGGUCGAUGCCUCCUUGACAUGCGCGAACGGCAGUGCCAUAUCUGGAGCCCGGAGGUCUUUUUAAGACCUGACCUUUCUGCUGAGGACAGUGGUUAUGCGUCGGUGUCAUUGGCCCCGGCCCAGGAAGUCAAAUGCGCGGAGUAUGGUAGUCCUGCAAAUAUCACCUCUAUUGCAAUUUACGGCGACCGUGAGCACAUCUUUGUUGGGAAAGGAGAUGGUUCAGUCUCCUUGUUCGAUGCAAAUUGCGGGAAGCAGCUUCGAACGUUAUUCAGUCUUGGGCGUGUCAUCAGCCUUCACUUUGACAAUGCAAGCGACACAUUGAUCAGCCUGGACGAUUCCGGUCGCGUCAUGAUUCAUCAUUGCACCGACUUUGCGGAAACCUCGGAAGAGUUGAAGCCGUCCUUCGAUCAGGAAUUCUCGGAGGCCAUUCGUCAGGUGCUUGGCAAUAUUGGCCACACUCGACUACUUGUGUCUUCGAGCUUAAAAGAUAUGCUGUGGACAAUAUCUAGCAAUGGCAACUUGAUCACAAAGACAAUCGAAUGGAAGAACCGAGAGUCAUUUAGAUGGGCCAGCCACCCUUCUCAGCAGGACAAAUUGGUUCUACUUAUCGGCAGCGUUCUCCAUUUCUACGAAUGGUCCACCUUGAACCGACUGACUGGGCCACAAGGGAUACCACUGGAGCUUACCAGGCCUCCCGCUGUUAACAUUAAGGCUAUCAUGCUAUGUUUUGGAGAUAAUUUCUUUGCAACACUAUUUAGCGACGUCACAGCGCCGCACUGUAACCUCAGAGGGUUCCUUUGGGAUACCUCAGAUUUCCCCGAAGAUUUGACAUCUCCGUUUCAGACUCAACCAUACUGCAUUCUUGAUGAAGGAGUUCGACAUCUCAUUGGCUAUUAUGGCCGAAAUCUCGUGUACCUGACGCAUGACGGAUGGAUCUAG